UCCUGACCAUACGCGCCGACGAAUCAACAGCUAGCUGACCCCGUCGCUGUCUUUGUACCGUGUACCGUGCACAGCACCGGGAACCUGCACCGAAAUGCCGAAAUGUGACGUAAAAACUAGAUACAUCCCAGCCACCUUCGCCUGGACGCUGCUGCUUAGCACCACCUUCCUGUUCUUCUGGUAUCCAUGUCGCCAGUACUACAUUCAUCGGCACCCUUGGGUGCCGGCGUACCAGGCAGUGAUCACAUUCUUCGUUAUCGCUAACUUUACGCUCGCCACGUUCAUGGACCCCGGUGUCAUACCAAAAGCCCCACCGGACGAGGACCGUGAGGACGAGUUUCGGGCGCCACUUUAUAAGAACGCCGAGAUCAAUGGCAUCACGGUGCGUAUGAAGUGGUGUGUCACCUGCAAAUUCUAUCGCCCACCCCGUUGCUCGCACUGUUCCGUCUGCAACCACUGCAUCGAGACGUUCGAUCAUCACUGUCCGUGGGUGAACAACUGUAUUGGCCGGCGGAACUACCGGUUCUUCUUCUUCUUUCUCAUCUCGCUCUCGGUGCAUAUGCUAAGCAUCUUCUCGCUGUCACUGGUGUACGUGCUGCAAAAGGAGAAGGACAAGCUGACGGAAGUAGAGCCGAUCGUAGCCAUGGUACUGAUGGCCAUCGUAACGUUGCUGGCGAUCCCGAUCUUCGGUCUCACUGGAUUUCACAUGGUGCUGGUAUCGCGAGGCCGUACUACUAAUGAGCAGGUGACCGGCAAGUUCAAGGGCGGCUACAAUCCGUUUUCGCGCGGCUGCUGGAACAACUGCUGCUACACACAGUGCGGCCCCCAGUACCCUAGUCUAUUGAAACCACAAAAGUAUGCCGCGCGGCGUUCGAACAAAGAUAAUCAACCAAUCAGCACCAUCACCCAUGACGCCGGCGGUGAUUCUAGCGGUUCCAGCCACCGCCAUGUCACGGGAGGGCCUUCACAGCAGCACCCACAGCACGGUCAGCAUCAGCAACAGCCACAGGCCAUGAGCCAGGGCGGUGGCGGCAUCUAUGAUAAUAAUCGGCACACGCAGGUAAAAACUUAUAUGGAUCAUGGAAAUGGUCACGGUAUACGUACGGUUGGAUCCAGUCAUUACAGUAAGUGUGCAUCGAACUGCGCUCAUCUCGCCCACUCUCGCUCUGUUUCACCCCAGAUCUUGGCGCAUGGCACCAACGAGCUAUCGCCGGGCCGUGAGUGCUCCGACAUCGACAUGGAACCGCAGGCGUCGCAGAGCCGGGACUGCGAGCCAACGCCCCCGUUGCAGCGCCACGGUUCGAAGAGCAACUUCUUCCUGCCCCCGCUAGACGGCGGCGGUGCGUGCAUGGCCGGGGGUGGCGGCAACGGCGGAGACUCCCCUCGCCAGCAGCAGCAGCAGCACAUACGAAUGUACCAUCCCCGGCACAGCCCGCACCCCCGGCAGCGUGGUCUCGAUUCGACCCGCAGCUUCACCCCGGAGGGUCUGUCGCCCGAUCAACCGACGGGACUGCCACCAAUCAUCACGAUGCAGUCCCAGCAGCAGCAGCAGCAGCAGCAGUCCGGCGGAAGCGGUUCACGUGGCGUGGGACCCUCGUCCGUCGCGACGCCAACGAUGCAGCAGCGCAUCAAGGCACUCGGUGUAGCGACGCCACUCGCCAUGUCUAGUCCGGUACGGCGGUCCAACCCAGGUACGCCGACGCAACCGAGACGGCCCGAGUUCAUCAGCGUUGGGCAAGCAACGGCGUCGCAACAACAGCAACAGCAGCAGCCACUCGUGGGGGGCAGCAACGGCAUCUCCGGCAGCUAUUAUGAUUUCCCGCUGCAACAGCAGCAGCAGCAGCAACAGCAAUCGCCGCCGAUGGUGCUGCACCAGACGUCGGGACUACCACCACAUCACCCGUUUCACCAGCAGUACCCGAUGGCCCACCACAAUGGCGGGCUAGCGGGUGGCGGCCAGCAGCAGCAGCAGCAGCAGUCUGUGGUGCCACCGCAACAGCAACAACAACCUCGUGGCGCAUCCGUGGUUUACCACCACGGUAGCCCGCAGCGUCGCUAUCUGUCCGAGGGUGAGCUCGUUCGGCAGGGUGCGGAACUGUCCUAUGCACGAAACAACCAGACGUCGGACAACAUCCGCGAACUGGCGGGUAGCCCGCAGCGGGGCGUCUACCUGUGGAAGGACACGUCUCCCGGUUUCAGCCAAACCUCGGGCGGUACUGGAGGCGGCCCACCGCCCGUCCUCGGCACUCAGUCGGUGUACCAGAACACUCCCAGUCCCACCAGCGUUCCCCAGCACCAUCUGCAGCAGCAGCAACAGCAGCAGCAACAGAUGGCCUCCUUCGGUACGGUGAGCGCCACCCGCUACCAGCUGCAGCAACAGCAACAGCAGCAGCAGCAAAGCGCACUCGCCAACAGCAUGGUCUACCAUCCGGCUCUACGUGGCGGUGUGCCCGUGUUUCCUCCCCAGCCACCGCCCAGCAGCACCGUCGGUGGUGUGUCUGUAGGCAAUGGACCAGGCGGGACACCCGGCGUGGUCAGCGGAACUCAGGCACCGUCCCCGUCGAUCAAGCGCAAGGCCGAUGUCCUUCGUCCCACGCGGCCGAUGUCGUUUGUGCGGGCGCUCGAGAUGACCGACUCCAUGGAGAUGACGGCGGUGGCACCGGGCGGUGCCGUUCUCGGCGACGGCCUGACGACGUCCGGUGCGAUGAUCUCCUCCCUGCAGCAUCCCGGUGGUCCCGGUGGCGUUCAACAGCCCGGCGGUCCAGCGGGUCCCGGUGGUCUGCGUGGGGGCAACAUUCCCACUCCGCCCGAUCAGCGGACCAGCGUGUACGACAUGAACUACGAAAUAUCGGUGUAA